AUGUUUGCUGUCAAUGGACCUAGCGGGCCUACCUCCCGUAACGAGCGGCGCGCAAAGAGCGGCCGAGAACAAGAGGAAGAGGAGACGAUCAGGAAGAUUGACGCCGCGAAAAAGCGCGAGCAGUUUUUCCAGGCAAAGCGCGCGCUACCUGACAAACGCAAAGAAGGCCCGGAAAAUCCAGUGAAGUCUGUGUGUGCGUCCGAUAUUUUCACGGGUUGUCGGAUCGUGUUUAAUGGCCGCACGGGCAAAGUGUCUUCGUACAACUUGGCAAAGUUGGUGCAGGAGCAUGGUGGCAACGUCGCGUCUGCAUUGACGGCAACACGCGUUACUCACAUGGUCGGUUCCAAUCUGAACGGGUCCAAGGCGGACAAAGUGCUUAAGAGCGCGAGCAGGCUCAAGUUCGUGACGCCAGAGUGGAUCUUGCAGUCUGUCAAGCUCAAGAAACGCCAACCUGAGUUUGAUUUCCUCGUCUACAAGGACAACCUCACGCUCUGUACCAUGUUUUCGCGAACUGCGUCAUCACCCAAGUGA